CCCAGACUAAACUCCAAAUCUUGUUAAUGAAAUUAAAUUGUAGUUUUUUUGUUUGUUUGUUUGGUGUCGGUGAAAGAGAAACGUGAAGAAAGGUGUUUGUUUUGAUUUAAGUUAAUUGUUGAUUAUUGUGUUCACUAUUUAUUUCUCAGCUAAAUCAACAUUCAAAUUAAUGAGAUUGUUUUUUUAUUGAUGAUUAAGCAAUGGGACAAAUACUCUCUGCCGAUGGAGCAGAUACAAGGGACAACGCUCAGAAAACCAUUUCAAUUGAGAUUCCACCAGUUAUACAUGACCAGGAUAAAGAGACUACUAGUGAUGAUACAAGCGAUCGAAUGCCAGAUCGCGAGGAAGUUAAUAGAAGAUUUAAUGAAGUUAUAGCCUUAAUGGACCUACCACCAGACAAAGCUAAGGCACUUCGAUCAUAUGACAUUGAAAGAAAAUGGGAAAUGAUCCGAGAUCAGGAAAAAGUUACAGCCAAAGAAUCACCCGAGUUUUAUUUAAGAAAAUUGCGAACUUAUUUGGAUCCAAAAGCAAGUCGAAGCUCAAAGAAACGUCGGAUUGUGGGCGAUUCAACUUCUACCCAAGUUCUCCGUGAUUUAGAAAUCUCAUUGAGAACAAAUAACAUCGAAUGGGUUAGAGAAUUUUUAUCUGAACGUCACAGAGGAUUAGAUGUUCUCAUAGAUUAUUUAACCUUUGUUCUAACAACUCAACAACAGCAACAGAAACUUUUAGAACAACAAAAGCUCACCCAGUUAACCAACAAUCGAUCACCUGAAGGAGGAAAUGGCGAUUGUCACAAUUUAUCCGAGUCAAAUUUGAAAAAUUUAACAUCAUCAUUAACCCAUAAUUCAUCUCAAACUAUUAAUCUAUUCCGGAGACCUUCUUUAUUCCGUUCAUUCAAUAAAAGUAAAUUGGGAAACGUUGAUGACGAUGUCCAUGUAUCCAUUAUGUGCAUGAGGGCGAUAAUGAAUAACAAGAAUGGAUUCAACAUGAUCAUGGAACACCCUUAUGCUAUUAAUUCAAUUGCAUUGAGUUUAAAUCACCAAAGUUUACGGACAAAAUCAUUAGUUUUGGAGCUUUUGGCAGCCAUUUGUCUGGUCAAUGGAGGGCAUCAGUUAAUUCUGAAUGCUUUCGAUAAUUUUAAGGAGAUCAUGGGAGAACCGAGAAGAUUUCAAACUCUCAUGAACUAUUUUACUAAACCUGAAGUAUUUAACAUAGAUUUUAUGGUAGCUUGUAUGCAAUUCAUCAAUAUUAUUGUUCAUUCCGUGGAAGAUAUGAAUUUCCGGGUUCACCUUCAAUUUGAAUUUACCCAAUUAGGAUUGGAUGAUUAUUUGGAAAAUAAGUUACGUAAUACCGAAUCAGAGGAUCUUUCGGUUCAAAUUCAAGCUUAUUUGGAUAACUUUUUUGACGUUGGUGCUCUUAUGGAAGAUGCUGAGCAGAAAAAUUUAGCUACAGAUCGAGCUCAAACCUUAGCUUUACAAUUAUCUCAUUCCAAUGAAAUAACAAAAGAAUUGGAAACCAAAUACAAUGAACUGGUGCUACAAUAUUCGGUUAUUGAACAAGAUUAUAAAUCUGUUAGUGAAGAGAAUCAUCAUUUAUCCGAAGAAUUAUCAACAUUAAGGAAAACAAUUCAAAUGAGAGAAGAAGAAUCAAGAAGGCGACAAUCCCUUUUAGAAUCGAAAAUCAUUCAACUCGAAUCAAUUAAAACAAAUGGACAAACUUCACUUCAAAAUAAUUCUGAUAAAAUUUCUAUGCAAAAUUCAGCUACAUCACCAAUGACACCUCCGGAGAGUGGAUACAAAUCUUCAUCUUCAAUAGCUGCUCCACCACCACCUCCACCUCCACCACCUCCGCCUCCACCACCGCCACCGCCACCACCACCUCCUCCUCCACCUCCAUCAUCGGUUGCACCUCCACCACCACCUCCACCCUUCCCCAUGAAUGCUCAAAACACCGGAAUGAUGACCAUUAAGCAAUCCUUUGUUACUCGUUACAAGCUUCCUACUCUCAAUUGGAACGCAUUGAAACCCGCUCAAGUGAAAGGAACAAUUUUCCAAGAAUUUCAUGCUGAAGAUCGAAUAAUUAAUUCAAUUAAUUUUGAAGAAUUUGAAGAACAAUUUAAAUUGGGCCCUAAACCUGAAUUAGCUCGAAAAGGUUCAAAUCCUACAGUCACUGCACAGAAAAAGAUCAAGACAAAUGAGAAAACAUCUUUAUUGGAGCAUAAUCGACUUCGUAAUAUGGCCAUAUCUCUCCGUAAAGUCAACAUUGAUACGGAAACAGUCAUCAAAUCAAUCAAUUCAUUUGACAUUGAAACACUUUCAUUAGAAUUUAUUGAAAUAUUAUUACGAAUGAUACCAAAUCCACAAGAGAUUCAAGCUUAUCGUGAAUUUGAACGAUCUGGUCGAAGUGUCGAUGAGAUGACAGAUGAAGACAAAUUUUUAUUUAAAAUUUCAAAGAUAGAAAGACUUGAACAAAAGUUACGAAUUAUGUCUUACAUGGAAACUUUAAUGAAACCUGAACCUUCACCAGGAAUACCUGGAAAACCAUCAAUCGGUGUUACUCUUAAUGUGAUCAAAGUUUGGAGAUCUCGAAUCAUCUCCAUAACUGAAGCAUCUCGAGCUUUACGAACAUCAACUGGAAUCCGAACUGUUCUUGAAUAUAUUCUUGUUUUCGGCAAUUAUCUAAAUUCAGCAACUCGAGCAAUGGCCAUAGCAGGUCAAGCUUAUGGUUUUAAGUUACAAAAUUUAGAGUUAAUUGUGGAAACCAAGUCAUCAGCUGAUAGAUCUCGAUGUUUACUUCACUAUGUUGCUGAAUGUAUCCAGCGUAAUGUUGAAGGAGAAUCGGGCUUAAGUGAAGAGGAAAGACUGUACAAAACAUUAGCUACUUUAUCACCUACAACGGCAACCAAAAAAUUUGCUGGACCCAAUAGUCUACUUUCUGGUCUUGACGUUUCUAUUGAAGCAAUUAAAUUACCAUUUGAUUUGGAAACAUUAUUAAACUUAUUGGAAAGUGUAGCGACCAAUGCAACACUGGAAACUUGUGCAUGUGAAGUGUUUGAAUUGGAGAAAGGGAUGGAAUUAGUUAAACGUGAAUUACAAUUAAGAUCAUAUCAAAAAGAUCAAGCAACUCAGCGUUUACAAAAUUUUGUCGCCUCCAAAUCAACUGAAUUAACCGCUUUAAAAGAGGAUUUAAGAAGAUCACAAAGUGAAUAUAGUAAUUGUGUUGAAUAUUUUGGUGAAAAUAGUAAAUUAUUGGAAUCAUCUUCUGCUUUCUUCAACAUAUUUGCCAAAUUCUUGAAACAUUAUAAGCAAUGUCUUCGUGACAUUAAGAUACUUCAUAAAAAGAAACUAGAAGCGCUAUUACAGGCCAAAAUUCAAGAACAUCAGAAUCAGAAGAAAAAUUCACCGGAAAAAGAAGUUUCCUCCCAUGAGAGUAAAAUUCGAGAUAAAAGAUUAUUGAAACAAGAUGAAGUUUAUAAUGGAGCUUUAGAAGACAUUCUAUUGAGUCUUAAGAAUGAACCUUAUCGACGGGAAGAUGCCGUUAGACGCAGUCAAAGAAAGAAACAAGCAAAUGCUAGACCUCAAAGUCAUAUUAGCUCUGAAAUGGAUGUGUGAUCAGCUUGAAACAAUUGGAAUUGUCAAAAAUAAUGAUUACUAUAUUGUUCCUGUAAAUCUCAGUACAAUUACCGUUCUGAUCUGAAGUGAUUUAUUUUUAACAAUUGGGCACAAUUAAGGCCACUGCAUGGAAAACCAAGUUACUAAAGUUUUACCAGAAAACAGCGGAUUAUUGUUUACAAUUUGAUUCUUUAACAUUUUUUAUCAAUUUAUACCAAUUUUAGUGUGAAUCAAAUCAUCUCGUCUUUUUGUUAACAAUUGUUUUUAAAUUUCAUCAUCAAAUUUAAUUACCGGAAAAGAUAAACAGCUGAUCAGAUUUGAUAGAGAAGAAUUGAAAAUCUUGAUGAGAUUCAAAGACCAAAAUCAAGAGAUUGCUGAUUAAUUUGAUGAAAAUCUUAAUCAAAUUGGAUUACAGGAUGACAAUGAUUACAUCAAAUACAAAAUUGAUCAUGAUGAUUAACAAAGUGAUUAGCAAAGUGAUUGGCUCAACAAUUAAGGAUACAAAUGAUGCAAAAAUCUUGCCAAUCCUUUUUAAUUUAUAAAUUAAUUAAUCCAUUAUGAUUAAAUACUAUCCUGGUGUUAACAAUUAACCUUUCAAAGGUUAAUUGUUAAAAAUAAAUUAUCAAGUAAUAUAUUGUCACCAAAUGACACUUCAACUGGUUAAAUGUUUACAAUGUAACAUACCAAUCAACUUAAUCAUGUUACAAUUAAAUUGUGUUCUCAUUACUCAAUCCCAACGAUUAAUUUAACUUUGAUAAAACAAUGGAAACAUCAACAACACUUAUAAUCCAACUAAUUAAAGGAAAAAAUUAAUCUGAUAUCAAACAAUUAACAACAACAACGGAUUUUACCAAAACCUUUGAAUAUCAACUACAACUUUUCCCUGAUGAUUAAGUUUCAACUUCUAAUUAUCAUCUUAAUCACAAUCAACUGCUAAUCAUCAUCUUCUUUUUUUACAUAAUCAAAACACUCGCACAAUUGAUUGUUAGUGUUUUGAUUUUGUUUAGAAUCAAUCAAAUCAAUGAUUGUUGACAAUCAAUUUUUGACAUUUGUAAAAUGUUUUCUAUCAACUUGAAGGCAACCAAAAUGUAACAACAAUCAAAUUAACUGAUUAAUUAGUUAAUCAUUUUCCUUUUUUUUCUUAACCUUUCUGUACAAUUCAUCUCCAUGUAUAAGUAUAUAUAUUUAAUAUAUAAUUAUUAUAUUAUCAA